UUCUAUUCGCUUAUAAGAGAGACUGAAAGGCUGAUAAUUUUUCAUUGUUACUGAAAUCUUACAAUCGUCAAGAUGUGGGCUCCGACUUUUCUGAUUACAAUGGCGACUUUGACUUUGGCAAUCCAAGGCGCCUCGGUUGGUCAAGAAUGUGGAAAAUUCAAUGAGGAGCAGUAUAAGAAUAACAAGACCAUUACGGAGCCUGAUGAACAUCCAUGGGUUGGACGGAUCGUAACGACGAAUAGCGAUGGAAAAGAUAAAUUGCUCUGUGUUGGCAUCCUUAUAGAUGCCCAAAAUAUCUUGACUACCGCCCAUUGUGUUUCACCUGCUGAUACAAAAGAUAUUUCUGCCGUCAUUUUAGGCGACUCGGCUUCCAGCAGCAGAAAUCCAGUCAGCUCGAUCACCGUUCACCCAGAUUAUUCAAGUGCCAAAAAACAAAACGACGUGGCCAUAAUUAAGCUCACCAAGGACGUUGAGUUCACUGAAUUUGUUCAACCCAUUUGCUUGCCCUCAGCGGAGGUUCCAAAAAGUGAGACUCCCGAUUCGGAUCUUGUCGUUGCGGGACUCGAGGGACAUUCAUAUCGUAGGGGUGAACCCGAUUACAAGAGGGAGGAAAGGCGCAUUAAAAUAGCCUUCAAUCGAAUAGACAGCAAUGAGUGCAAAAAGCUUCAGUCACGUUUCCCAGUGGACCUGAUUUGCAGCCAUGAGGAGAAAGACGCGCUUAGUGCCUUAUCAGGAUCAGCUUUGGCAGAGGCCACCGGUAAUCCCCGGAAAUUCCAUUUAGUUGGAAUUGUUUCUUUAGGAUUUGGCAGCCCCGAUAAACAAUACACUGGCUAUUUGAACGUUCGAUCCUACUUAGAUUGGAUCCUAAAUAACACCUCAAAGUGAAGAUGGUAUCCGAAUUGACCUUAUUCUUUAUCAGAUUAUUAUGUCUACCAAUAAAAAUUGAAAUUCUUACGUA